AAGUGCAUCAGCGAUGCUCGUUCAAACGAGAUCAAAAAAUUACGUGGUGUUGCUGGAGAUAUUUUUGACCUUCCUGCGAAGUACUUUGCCAAUCCUAGUUUUGACAGAGCCAGUGUUGUCGAAAUCCAAAAGAUGCUUGGAGUGUCUGGCAAGACACAGGCUUAUAAAAUCUUUCCGCCUCUUUUGUUCCCAGGUCUGCAAGAAGACACGACCCUCAAGACUGUUUUCGGCAACUGGAUACUUUUCGCCAAGAUUCUGAGAGCAUCACUGCAUGGCAUCACCUUGCUUCAUCAAGAGCCUUGUGGCAGAUCAAAGACUAAUGCUCGGAAGUGGAACUUUCAACAAGUCACUCCAGGAUCUAUCACAUGGGUGGCAGUUAUCAUACGUCGUGCAAUAUUUCUGCUCUCACCUGACUCAGAAUUUCCUGGUUCGGGAGUGGGGAAAUCAUCAACCAUCAGUUACACAGACCUGUUCUUUCAAUACAAGAAGAUGCUCAUUACGAAGUGGGACACGAGGCGCAUCAAGAAUAUUAUGGCCAGUAUCCACAACCACAUUUUUGGCGCCGCAAAGUUGUCCACCCUCAAUCCCGCUGGUGGUGAAGACUUUUUAAAUGAAAUCAAUCGCGCUAUGCUCGCACUCGACAUAUCAUCAGACAGUGAAGCAGAU